UCCAUUACGUAUAGGAGCUACACAAAUCAAAGAGAAAAAUUCAACACAACCAACAAGUUCUGCUGCCUAAACACUUUGUAUCUAUAUAUGUCACCAAUUCUCUGAGGUUCCUCAAGAAAAAACAAACAUUAUUCUUUAAUUCUUUCUAUUCUUUGGGUUAGAUGAAGAUGACAUUGAGUUCCUUGUUCCUGAGUUGUUACAAGGGUGAUCAUUCUGAUUACCCACAGUCUCCUAAGAAAUCAAACAACAAAGUGGUGGCAACCAAGGGUCAUAGUACUACUAGGAGCGGUUCUAACAGGGUUUCCGUUACCGAUUUGAGUUUUCCAAGUGCUACCACGCUCUCUGAGGAUCUCUCCAUAUCUCUAGCAGGGACCAACCUUUAUGUCUUCUCACUCGCUGAACUCAAGAUCAUUACUCAGAGCUUCUCAUCAAGUAACUUUCUUGGUGAAGGAGGCUUUGGACCUGUCCACAAAGGCUUCAUUGAUGAUAAGGUAAGGCCUGGUCUCAAGGCUCAGCCUGUUGCUGUUAAGCUUUUGGAUUUGGAUGGAACUCAGGGCCACAAGGAGUGGUUGACUGAAGUUGUGUUUCUGGGUCAACUGAGUCACCCGCACCUUGUGAAUUUGAUUGGAUACUGCUGUGAAGAGGAACAUAGGCUUCUGGUGUAUGAGUAUUUACCACGAGGCAGCUUAGAGAAUCAACUCUUUAGAAGAUACUCUGCGUCAUUGCCAUGGUCAACAAGAAUGAAGAUUGCUGUUGGAGCAGCCAAAGGUCUAUCCUUUCUCCAUGAACAAAAGAAGCCAGUAAUCUAUAGAGAUUUCAAGGCUUCAAACAUCUUGUUAGACUCUGAUUACAAUGCAAAGCUAUCUGAUUUCGGGUUGGCAAAAGACGGGCCUGAAGGAGAUGACACACACGUGUCAACACGAGUGAUGGGGACACAAGGGUAUGCAGCACCGGAAUACGUGAUGACAGGUCACUUGACAGCAAUGAGUGACGUGUACAGCUUCGGAGUGGUGCUGUUGGAGAUGCUGACAGGAAGAAGAUCAGUGGACAAGGGGCGUCCAUCAAGAGAACAGAAUCUGGUGGAAUGGGCGAGGCCUGCACUCAACGAUUCAAGGAAGCUGGGGAGGAUCAUGGAUCCAAGGCUGGAGGGACAGUACUCUGAGAUGGGUGCAAAGAAAGCAGCAGCCUUGGCUUACCAGUGCCUCAGCCAUAGGCCUAGGAACCGUCCUUCUAUGCCCGCUGUCGUUAAGAUUCUUGAGCCACUCCAGGACUAUGAUGAUGUCCCCAUUGGACCCUUUGUUUACACUGUUCCAAAUCAUGCUGAUACCAAUGCUACCACAGAAGCUCAAACUCCCAAGGAGAGGAAGAGGACUCACCACCAUCACCACCGUAGGCAUCCUCUCAAGUCGCCAAAGUCUUCACCAGAUUCACACAAUCAUCAUGCCACAACAAGUGCUUCUACUUCACCCGAUGACAAAUCCAAUUAAUUAAUUAAGCUCCAAUAUUAUACUGUAAAAUGUAAAUAAUACAUACAUACAUAUAUAGGUAAGUAAUUUUAUGGUCACUGUAAUGAGCCUUCAAGCCAAAUUAAAGGAGAGAUUAUUAUUAUUAAAUUAGAGUGUAAUGGGGCGUUUUGAAAAUUUGAAGUAGGAGAAGAGAAGAGAGACUAGUUCAGCAAUUGGACAAUUAUUUACCAACUACGAUUUGUUGUGUUUGAAUGAGUGAAUGAAGUUGAAAAACAUAUCUUCAAAGAAAA